ACUCCAGGCAAUUCAGUGAGCUCUCCCCGGCGGAACUCGUUUCAACUAAUAUGGCGGCGCCCAAGGAGAGUCUGAGUUGUGAGGACUUCUCGGAGUUUCAGGAAAAACUCAAGCUGCUGCGUACGCUAGAUGACCGAAUAGUGCAUAAACUCAAUACAACAGUUCCAACAAUUUCUUUUGCUGGGAAAGUCAAUCCAACUGAAACAUGUAAAGAGCUUUAUGAAUCUUUAAUUGAAGCUCAUGGAAGCCGGGACAGGGCUAUUAAAUCCUGCAUAGCUCAGACAUCCAAAGUAGUAAACCAACUUCGUGCUGAGAGAGAAAAGGAUGCUGACAAUUUAACACUAAUAAAGCAACUCAGAAAUGAGCAAACAAAGUUAAAGCUAAUGCAAUCAGAACUGAAUGUUGAAGAAGUUGUCAAUGAUAGAAGUCUAAAGGUAUUCAAUGAACGAUGCCGAGUACACUACAAGCCACCAAAAUCCCAAUGAUGUAACAGAUUAUUUACAGUAAUCAAUUGACUAUAUCUGGAAAAUAAUCAUCGGUGGUGGACCUGGACAUGCUGAAAGAAACAGACAGUAUUAUAUGCACUGUUUAUCGGAUAGCUGUAAACUAUUUUGCAGAGUGGUACCCCACUUUCCUUUUUUAUAAAUACACACUGUGAAAAUAUUUUAUAUAUAGAAAUGAGAAAUGAUUUUUGAAAAGCAGAACUUGUGUUUGGUAUUUUGAUUGCUAUAAUAGCAGCAGCUGAAGAUUGGAGUAUGCUUCCAUCCACGAAGAAAUGGGCCUUGAAUGUCAUCUUUGAUUACUCCACUUUAUAAAAAUUGUUCAGUAACGACAAGAAUAAGGUAACGAGACAUGCAAUAUUGCUGCCUCGCAGCACUUUAACAGUCCAUGUCAAUUCCAAACUGGAACCUUUUCAUUGUGGAAUGUGUUUGUUAAUGUUUUUGUCAGCUUCUUACAGGGACUUACUGUAGGUUGAAUAGUGACUUUCAAAUGUAUGUGUGUGACUGCUUUAAGGUGUGCCUUAUGAUGGGCUGUCAUAAUGACCAGUGCCUGUGUUUAUCAAGCAUCUCAGAGUCUCAACAAAUCUCACAGUGAGGCAAAUUUAGCCCUACUGUUAGAAGUAGAUGUAAAUCCGAUUUAACAGUUUUAAUAAUUAAGGAAAUUGCUCCUAACUUCACUGGGAUACAGAACAGUUCAUAACCUAUACUAACUCGUUAGAAGCAGCCAGAAAAUGGGGUUUAGGCAGACAUUGGCACAUGCAUUCCAGGAAUGAUGGAAUGUUUUGAAAAUGCUGGACAGCAAUGAACUCGUAAAAGUGUAUCAUUUUGACAGACAAAUCUUGUGUGUCACGUUAUCACUUAUGCGGAGACGAAACGAAGGUGUUGGUAACCUUACAUUUUUUGGCCACAGAGAGAAUGUAUGUUUACAGUAGUAAUGCUUUGGAUAUGUUCCAACCAACCAUUUCUAAAAUUUUGCAUCAGACUUUAAACAUCCUUACAGUCCAUGGGGUAACACGCUGAUUUGUGCAUUUUCCCCAGUGCUUCAUAUGAGGUAAUAUUAAAUCCAGCUGCAUUCAUGCAAGUUGGAACGCAAUUAAAGACCAUUGUCCCAAAAGUGAAAGAGCAUACGUAUAUGAAUUAUCAAAUUUCAGUGUCAAUACUGUGGUCAUGGCUGCAAACUGUACUGUAGUAGCUAAUAUUUUACCCUGAAAACAGGCAGGGCCAGAUGGGUGAUUGAUAGUAAAGUGUCACUCGGGUAAUACCAAGCUUUGCAUUCCACGAACCCCUGAAACAUUCGAAUUACACUUUACAAGCCUGGGAAGUUUCAAGAAGGCCAGCGGAGACUCUGGGGGGAUUGGAUAAAUAUAGCCUGAAGAAGAUAAGGAUGGACAGGACAGGACUCGUGACUCUGGAAGACAGUUGGGAUGACUGGAAGAAUAAACACAACUUCAAAAACAGCUGGAAUAGCUGCGGCAAGUUCUGGAAUAACUGUUACUUUAUAAGACAUUUUCCAAGGACAUAACAGCAAAAUGGUGAUUCUUCUAGAAGUGGAUUUUAUUGUUAAAGAAACAUGCCUAUUAUUUGGCUUUACCCUCAUUUCUUGUGUGUGUCUCUCAGUCUUUUCAUUUUUGUGCUCAUUUUCGAAUUAUUCCAGACUUUGUAGCAACAAUUAUGUGUAGCUAAUAACAAUAUUCUUCCUAAUCAAAUUUUCCUUCUUCUUCUAUGUACUUCUCCUACUACUCUGAAUAUUAUUGUUAUUGUAGUUGUCCUACUGGUGAAACCUUAGAGUUAGUAUCGGAAACGUGCAAAGCAUCCAAGGAAACCACAAACACAUCAUCUUAAGUGCUGUAAAAGCGUGACACCAUUCAUUCCCAAACUUGAACCCCUGCUCAUCAAUUGGAGUUGGUGUAGAAAGCAUCUUGUAGCUCUGGGGGCGGACAAAUUCUUAUCUUUUAGAGCAAUUCCUUGGAGCAAUUCUGAGAAGCAUGAUAAAUACGGGCACAGGUACUAAGAAUGGAACGAGUUGAAGAGUAGGUGUUGUUCUGUUACUUUUAUUAUUCUCCCUAUCUCAGUGACCACCGUUUUUUAGAUACUAGUCUUAUCACCCAUUGCAUGGCUGCACUCGGGUCCUAAUCUGGAUCCUGAGUUGGUUUGUGGUGGGUGAGGCAAUGCACUGUAUCAGUGCGUGCUCCUAACCCUCCUAACCUAACCUCCAUCAGACAAGUUAAAAUUAAUUCAUUUUACAGGUACCCUACAUGAAAAAAUUAAAAUGUGUGCUGUUGUUAAAAUCAACAAAAACCUAGACGUCUUUCGAGUAUGAAGUAAUAAUGCCAGGUAAGUUUGUUUUGGUCUUUUUUUUUUUUUAAUCUGUUUUCUUCUUGUCCAAGUUAAAAUCACAAUUGCAAUGUGCGUUCAGCAUAAUUAUGUCAUCUUGUUCACGUUUGUGAGAAUAAACUUAUCCUCAGCAGUGUCGUA